GAAGCGAACAAUGCACAGGUCUGUCCCUUUGUCCUCUUCCUGUUUUUCAGAUGACUGUGGAUAAACCUCACCAACUGUAAAUAUGAGAGUGUGCGUCGUGCUGCUCGCAGAUAUGGGAUACGAGAGGCAGCAGAGGGAGAAGACUGGACUCUAUUCUGGACUGACUGCUCAGUCUCAUUAGACAGAGUGAUGGAUAUGAAGCGUUACCAGAAAAUCAACCAUUUUCCCGGCAUGAAUGAAAUCUGCAGGAAGGACUUGCUCGCACGUAAUAUGAACCGCAUGCUAAAACUCUUUCCGAAGGAGUACAACAUUUUUCCUCGCACAUGGUGCCUUCCUGCGGAUUAUAGUGACUUCCAAGCCUACACCAGAGCCAAAAAGCACAAAACAUUUAUCUGCAAGCCAGACUCAGGUUGCCAAGGUCGUGGUAUUUAUCUUACCAAGUCUAACAAGGAUAUUCGGCCAGGAGAACACAUGAUUUGCCAGGUGUACAUGUCCAAGCCAUUCAUCAUUGAUGGGUUCAAGUUUGACCUGCGCAUUUAUGUGCUGGUGACCAGCUGUGACCCCUUCCGUGUCUUCAUGUAUGAUGAGGGACUCGUCCGUUUCUGCACCACACAUUAUACUGAGCCCACUGUCAACAACUUGGAGGAUGUUUGCAUGCACUUAACUAACUAUGCCAUCAACAAGCAUAGUGAGAACUUUGUACGCGAUGAAGAUACUGGCAGCAAACGGAAACUCUCUAGCUUCAAGAAGCACAUGGAAGACAUGAGUUAUGACACUGAGAAGUUGUGGACGGAUAUUGAGGAUGUCAUCAUUAAAACACUGAUAUCAGCACACCCCAUUCUCAAACACAACUACCAAACCUGCUUUCCCAAUCACGCGUCUGGCAGCGCUUGCUUUGAGAUCCUGGGAUUUGAUGUCUUACUAGAUCGUCGACUGAAACCUUGGCUUCUUGAGGUCAACCAUUCCCCAAGCUUCACCACAGACUCCCGUUUAGACCGGGAGGUGAAGGACAGCCUGCUGUAUGACACUUUGGUGCUGAUUAACCUAGGGGCCUGUGACCGCAGGAAGAUCACAGAGGAGGAGAAGCGCAGAGUAAAAGAGAGACUCCAGCAGAACCGCUCGAGAGAGGCCAGGAACGAGGAGCUUCGUCAGUCUCAAGCUGCAAGUAUGGAGCAGAUGCAGAAAUAUGAAGCAAAACACAUGGGUGGUUUCCGGCGAAUUUUCCCUCGUGACGGAGGAGAGAAAUAUGAAAAGUAUUUCCAACACAGCAGCUCUCUUUUCCAGGAAACUGCAGCUUCCAAAGCCAGAGAGGAGUGUGCCAGGCAGCAGCUGCAAGAGUUGCGUCUGAAGCAAGAGCAGAAAGAGAGAGAAAAGAAAGGAUCACGCAAACAGGAUCUUCAAGGUGAAUCUGCAGGAGAAAAAGUAAAACCAAGAAAAAUUCAACCCCCACAUAAAACCUCAAACUCAUUACCAGCAAUGCUAGAGCAGUCCAGCGUGAGGGAAGAGACACCUGUUUCUCUUGAGCGGAUUGAGAAAGAGGAGGCCGAGAGAGUCCGAGAGCUUCAGCAGCGAGAGACUCUCCUGUUGAAUAUGGGUGUGGUGAAUCAGGUCCGCCAGCUUCUUCAAAGUGCCAAUCAUCUUACUCAGUGUAUCAACCACUCGCAUGAACAAGCCAGCUUUCCUCCACACUGCAGACACGACCACAAGUUGGACACGCUUGCAGAGAUAUCGUGGAGGCAGAAGACCAUCUACUCUACAAUGCAACAUCAAAUUCUUGCCAGAAACAGGCCCAGUCUCCCGAAUGUUCAUUCCCAAUCACUGCAAAACCGAAAACCCUGGCCCUCUCUAGAACACGGUCUCCUCCAGCCUGUCCAGACCCAAGCAGCAGCUCUCAAACACUUCGGUCUAGAAGAGAUGGUAGUGUCAAAUGCAGAGCAGCAGGCUAAUCUAAUGAAGGCCACUAGUGUACAACAGAUACCUUUAACAAUCAAUGGGUCUUUCAUUUGGCGUCAAGGCAGUCUGAGCUCCUCUCUGGCCGAGUCGAGAGCAAGAGCCACAAUGUUGGCUGUGCCUCCUCUUGGUCCAGGACGACUACAUCGUCCCACCAUUUUUCAUGACCCCAACUCUCUCUACAUCAUCUCCACCCCGGCUCCUCUUGUCCCGAGACCACACCUCUCGCACGACCUCCGAAAAGCUCCUCGCAGGGUACUUCCACAUGAGCACAGCCACUGA